CGCACGUCGCCUGAGAACUUAGACAAAGAUGAAGAAACGGCGACAGCAGCCCAGUGACGAUCGUGCGCGGAAGCUCGAUCGCAUGCUGGCCGAGAUGGUCGUUGUCGCACCAUCCAAAGACAGACCUGCACAGCGCGGUGCCAAAGCAGCUAAGAAGGAGAAGAUCAGAUUGAAGGAAGAGCCUGCCGAGCCACGGCUUGAGCCACAGUCGUCUGCGGCGUCGCUAGGCGGGCCAAUCGUAAUGUCCAUGGUCGACUUUUCAAUGGUGCUUGGUUUGGUCUUUGGUGGAUGCUGCAGUAACGUGUGGACAUACGAAUAUCUGCUAAAGAUCGAGUCUCGCAUAGGCACCGCCUUAACCUUCUCUCAGAUGGCUUUUGUGACCAUUCAGUCUCUCCCUCGGUUCCUGACUUUUCACGGACCAUAUCAUCUGCCGCGACUAAAACCGCGACACAUCCCUCUCUCCGAGUGGGCUGUGCAAGUUCUCGUGCUCACUGCGGGUUCUCUACUCAACAAUUGGGCAUUCGCUUACCACGUCCCUCUCACUGUGCAGAUUGUUUUUCGCUCUGCGGGACUCGCGGUCUCAAUGCUCUUUGGCGUAAUUUUCCUCAAGAAGAUAUACACCCUUUCACAGAUAACUUCAGUCGUCGUUGUCACCAUUGGCGUUAUGCUUGCUACCAUCCCAACCCCAUCUAAGUCCGCUACCCAGGAUACCCACUCAAAUAUAAAUCUCACGGAAUAUACCCUCGGCAUUAUCAUGUUAACCGCCUCUUUACUCAUGACCGGCGUGUUAGGGAUGCUCCAGGAACGUACUUACACGCUGCAUGGGCCGCACUGGCAAGAGGGCCUUUUUUAUACUCACGCCUUGUCGCUCCCCAUCUAUAUCUUCUUCAUCCCUGCCAUCAAGUUCGGCUUCCAGAGUCUACAUGGAGCAUCUGCCUCUUUGUUUGCACCCUCUUCAUCCACUACGGGUACACUCCUGGGGUUGCAGCAUUUGCCACCCGUGUUAAGCAAGUUCGCUCCUUACAUGAUACUUGCGGUCAACCUCGUGACGCAGCUCGUGUGCGUAUCAGGGGUGAACCAGCUCACGUCACGCGUGUCGAGCGUGAGCACGAACCUCGUGCUGACGACGCGCAAGGCGUUCAGCCUUUGUUUCAGCGUUUGGUGGUUCGGUAACGGCUGGAACGUACAGCUCGGUGCCGGAGCUGCCAUGGUCUUCCUCGGCUCGCUCUUCUAUACUAUUGUUACGUCGCGGCUGCCCCCGCCACAGAAGGGCACAUCCAAUGCAGGCAAAUCUAAGCCCAAAGGCAAGGACAAGACAGAGCGAAAGAUCGCAAGGAAGGAGGCAGCGAAAGAGAAUGGGGCAGCGAAUGUGCCGAAGGUCAAAGACGAGCCGCAAAGCCCCAAGAGGCUUAGUAGGGAAGAGGAGAAGGUGAAUGCGAACGCGAAUACAGAUGGGAGGCGAAGGAUGGCAGGGCAGCGGCUUAAACGAGAAUGACGAGACUGCAUGCCGUUAAUCUCCUGGAGCCCAGUAACGAGUAAAGUGCGCAGCAAGGCUAUAUAGUGACAGCCGUAGUCGCGUGCGAAGCUCAAUCAUCAGCGCCACAGGUGCUUUCCCCGAGUUCAGGGCGUGCCUCCCCCAGCUAGGCAUGCCAAGCCAGCCUCCAAACCCCCAAUUUUUCUUCCCAAAAUAGCUCCUGGAUUGUAAAUAGCGUGACAGCAGUCAAG